GUGCGCAUUUUUGACACUUUGACUUUUGGUGCAAUGACUGAGUGACAUACCAGGCCAGAUAUACAGACUAUUUGUCUCAGCAUAUUUCAAAAGUAGACAUGGUUUUUGUUUCUGGGUUUAAAAAAAAUUUUUUUUAAAUUUUUUUUUGUGAGGCGAAUGAUGUCUAUGUGGUUGGUCACUCAUUUCAUCACAGGUUGCCAGGUUUCACAUGGCUUUUAUUAUUUUAAUUCUUGCAGAAUAUACAGUAGGUGAGAGAAGCAGAAAUAGGCAGACUGUAUCAAGGAUUUAUUUCACUACCCAUUAUCUUCACCGUUUAAAAUGCGACAUUAUUUAUUGCGGUCACGUUCCAGUGAUCGUUUGCACAUAUAGACUUCAUGCGCACCAAGCCUUUGUGUGUAUGUGCGUGUGUGUGGGAGAGUGUUAUGUGCUGGGGCUGUUGCAAAUCCAUGUCUCCUUUGUAAAUAUGCUGUGAAUUAUCAAAGGCAGUUUGGUGGGAUGUAUAAUAAGAUUAGCACAGAAAAAGUAGCCAGCAGCCAAAAAAAAAAAGCAAACAGUCACAGGUUUAUUUAGGUGGAGAAACGUUUGUAAUUGAGAGACGUAAAAAAGAAAGGCCUGUAUACAUUAAUUAUUAGGUUAUGUGGUUUGUGCAGAUUCGCCCUUCCUCUUGGAGAAUUCCAGCGUAAGUCCAAAAGCCACCAAAGGAGGCACCUCAGGUUUCAGCUCAUAAUUGUGGUUUUGAUGGCUCAAAGUAAAACCCCUGAGCUCACUGUUAAACAGAAGGGCUUCACUGCAUCCACUCUAACUCCCUGGCAUUUAUGCUUAAGUUGUGGCAGCACAGAGGCAGCGAGCUCUCGCCAUCAUGUGCCGCGUCUACGUGGGAUCCAUCUAUUACGAGCUCGGCGAGGACACCAUUCGGCAGGCUUUCGCUCCGUUCGGCCCCAUCAAGAGCAUCGACAUGUCCUGGGACUCUGUCACCAUGAAACACAAGGGCUUUGCCUUUGUGGAGUAUGAGGUGCCUGAGGCUGCUCAACUGGCUCUGGAGCAGAUGAACUCAGUCAUGCUGGGUGGAAGGAACAUUAAGGUAGGGCGGCCAGGUAACAUCGGACAGGCACAGCCCAUCAUCGACCAGCUGGCAGAGGAGGCGCGCGCAUACAAUCGCAUCUAUGUAGCCUCAGUGCACCCGGACCUGUCUGACGACGACAUCAAGAGCGUCUUUGAGGCUUUCGGCAAGAUCAAAGCCUGCAUGUUGGCUCGAGAGCACACCACGGGGAAGCACAAAGGCUACUGCUUCAUCGAAUACGACAAGCCUCAAUCAUCAAUAGAUGCCGUGUCCUCUAUGAACCUGUUUGACCUGGGAGGCCAGUACCUGAGGGUUGGGAAGGCUGUGACACCUCCCAUGCCCCUGCUGACCCCAACCACUCCCGGAGGUUUGCCGCCUGCUGCGGCUGUGGCUGCUGCCGCUGCCACUGCUAAAAUCACAGCCCAGGAGGCUGUUGCAGGGGCGUCCGUGUUGGGCUCAUUAACGUCCCCCGCUCAGCUCCUCAGCCAGCAGAUGGGACUCCCUCAGGCGGUGCUGGCAGCACAGGCCCCAGGCUUAAUUACAGGUGUAACUCCCGUCCGGCCAACUCUGCCCGUGGUGCCUCAGGUAGGCCUAGUAAACCCUGUGCUGGCAUCUCCACCCAUCACAUCCAGCGCCCCAUCCACAGGAACACCAACAAGCACGACUCAGCAGAUGCCUGAGGUUAAGAGGGAGGUACAGGGGACACAACAGGAGAAAGAUGAAGCCCGGGCAGAUGCCACAGAGCAGAGAAGCGUGAAUGAGCAGGCGCAGAACAGAAGCAGUGAGACCAGCCCUACAGUCACACACUCAGGGUCUACAGUAAUGGUGUUGCGCAACAUGGUGGGCCCUGAAGACAUAGACGAUGACCUGGAAGGAGAGGUGACCGAGGAAUGCGGGAAGUUCGGCGCCGUGAACCGGGUCAUCAUCUACCAGGAACGUCAGGGUGAGGAAGACGAUGCUGAGAUCAUCGUUAAGAUUUUUGUGGAGUUUUCCGAGAGCGGGGAAAUGAACAAGGCCAUCCAGGCCUUAAACAACCGGUGGUUCGCUGGUCGCAAGGUCGUGGCUGAAGUCUACAAUCAGGAGCGUUUCAAUAAAAGCGACCUUUCGGCAUAAGACUGACCAACUUCCUGUCCACCUGCUCAAACUCAUUCAGCCUCCAUCUCUGCGGCUCGAGUUUUGGGAUUCUUUUAAACUUGUAAUUAUUUUUUUUUUUAUUGUGGUCAAUAAUAAUAUUGGGGACGAUCCCAUUGGUGGGAUUUGACUUAGAAAACAUUUGUGCUUAAUGAAUUUGUUUUGUUUUGUCAUCACCUACUGUGAAAGAUUUUUUUUUUCUUUCUUUUUUAUGUUUAUUUUUCAAAUCGUUUUCUAAUUUGUUAAUUUGGUUCUAUUGUUCUCUUAUGCUCUGACCUCCAACACAAUUUCUUUUAGGCCAUUUUCCCCUCCAUCACUGUUCUGUUAAGAUUCUAAACAUUGUAUUUGGGUCAUUGGUUCUGAAUUUACCAAACAAUAAAUUCUUCAAACAUG